UCUGUAUUUAAAGGCGCCAACAAAGAGAGAUUCAGAACUAGUCACAUAAAUCUGCCAUUUUCUUCUGGACCUUCAGCACUAUAUACGGCUCGUUAAGUUAUCGAUAGCGCUUGUGUAUUUCCCGUCUUUCUUAAAAUGCCCGAAGAAACAGCCGCUGCUUCCAGCACCGAAAGUAUGGAAGAGAAACCCUGCUCGUCCAGUGCUGCUGAUGGCUCCAUAGAUGUGGCUGAAGAGGCAAAGAAGCUGAUUGGCACAGGAAACAGGCACUUGGUCAUGGGUGAUGUCGUGUCUGCUGUCAGUGUGUUUCAGGAAGCCUGUGCCAUGCUAGCUGAAAGAUAUGGGGAUACUGCUGAUGAAUGUGGAGAGGCUUUCUUCUUAUGUGGGAAGUCCUUGCUGGAGCUUGCCAGGAUGGAGAACACUGUCUUGGGUAAUGCUUUGGAAGGAGUCCCAGAGGAGUCUUCAGAGGAGGGUGAGAAGAAUGACUCCAAGAUUGAGAGUGCAGACAACUUGGAUGAGAAAACCAGGGAUGAGCUCCGUGCACAGGUUUAUGAUGCCAUGUCAGUGGGCAAGAGAGAUACUGGGGGAGAGGGACAAGAGGAAAAGGAAGAAGGCACAGCAGAAGAGCAUGCUAAGAAGGCUGAGGCAGAUGCUUCAAGCCAAAAUGAAGACAAGACUGAGUCUGCCCUUGAAAAUGCUGAGAAGACCACAGUAUCUCCCCAUAAAAAUGAAGAGAAGCCUGCAGAGUUCACCCUUAAAAAUGAUGAGCAGGCUGCUGAAAAUGAAGUUAAGGAACUGGAGGAAGGAGCUGAAGCCUCAAAGCUAGAAGAUGCUAUGGGAACAAGUAGCCUGAACAAGAAUGAUGGUGUGAAGAAAACAGAGGAAUUGAAUGAAGAAAAGGCAGUGACCAUGGAGGAAGAGGGUGGAGACAAUGACGACGAUGACGAUGAUGAUGAAGGGGAGGGCAGUGUUGAAGAUAAGGAGAAUGAAGAGGAGGAAGUAGGAAAUCUUCAGUUGGCAUGGGAGAUGCUGGAAGUGGCUAAAGUCAUUUACAAAAGAAAGGAGAACAAAGAGGACCAGUUAAUGGCAGCACAGAUCCUACUAAAACUUGGAGAAGUUGGUGCCGAGUCAGGUAACUACACCCAGGCUCUGGAAGACUUCCAGGAAUGUUUAACCAUACAGCUGGAACACCUACCCCCUCAUAGUCGCUUGCUGGCAGAGACUCAUUACCAGCUGGGCAUGACCUUUAGCUACACAGCACAGUACACCCAGGCCAUUCAACACUUCACCAGUUCCAUCCAAGUCAUCGAGAGCCGUCUGGCCAUGCUUCAAGAAGCAAUUGACAAAGCUGAAGAGGCUGAAGCUGCAAAGGAGGAGCAGAGUGAGCUGGAGGAGCUGAAGCAGCUGCUUCCUGAGAUUGCUGAGAGGGUAGAAGAUGCAAAAGAAAGCCAGAGAACGGCAGCUGCUGCAUCACAAGCCAUCCAUCAGACCCUGGGAGGGGCAUCUACGUCAUCUGCAUUCCCUGCUGAAAAUGGUGGUGCAUCUUCAUCUACAACCAGCCAGAUUGAGGUUAAACCAUCAGAUGGGGCGUCAUCUUCAAAAUCUACUUUGGAUAUCUCCCAUCUAGUGCGCAAAAAGAGGAAACCAGAGGACGAGAGCCCAAAAAAGGACAGUGAUGCUAAAAAGGUCAAACAGGAGACCACAGUUAAUGGCAGCGGCGACUCUGCCAGCAACAGCAAUGGAGUCCAGGAGAAAAUGGAGCAGGAGGCUGCAAAUUCCUCUUCCUCGGUGGAGACCUCAGCAUGACGAAGUCUUUUCUGACUGACCACUGAUCUUCCAACCAGCACAGCAUGCCUGCCUCAAGUCUCCCCAUAAACACUUGUUUUUGUAAAUAAGACCUUUACCUUUUCAAUGUCUGUCAAUUUAAAAAAAACUACUUUUUUUUUGUAUUGUAGUAAAGUUUCAAUAAAAGAUUUGCAUACGUCA